AAAAAAAACAAAUUUCUAUUUUUCUUGCUCUCUCUUCAUCAAUUUAGAACAUAAUUUAUUUUCCUUCUUUUUUUUUUUCCUUUUUUAUUUUCCAUUGCUUUGAAUAAAUUUGCUGUGAUCUUAGAAAAUCAUGGCUUACGCAUCUCGUAUCAUCAAUCACUCCAAAAAGUUAAGGAAUGUUCCUAACUUAUUGCGGCAUGAUCAUGCGGUUUUGGUUCGUUGCUUUUCCAAUGGAGCACAAUCCUCUGUUUGUAAAAGUGAAGCUGCAGAAAGAGAGAGGGUAUCCAAGUUUGUUGCAUGUAACCAUGUAUCAUCUGGUUUACCUAGGAACAAUUGUUCUAGGACAACAAUGAGAUUGGGAAUUCCAACAGGUGGUGUGGCAUACAGCAGAGAGCUCACAUGUUCUCAGGUACAGUCAAGGAGAGGAUUUGCAUCAGAUGCAGUUUCAGGCCUCCCUCCUCACCAAGAGAUCGGAAUGCCUUCACUCUCUCCCACAAUGACAGAGGGAAAUAUUGCUAGAUGGUUGAAGAAAGAGGGUGAUAAAGUGAAUCCUGGUGAAGUGCUGUGCGAAGUUGAAACUGAUAAAGCAACUGUUGAGAUGGAAUGCAUGGAAGAAGGUUACCUUGCCAAGAUUAUAAAGGGAGAUGGGUCAAAAGAAAUCAAAGUUGGUGAGAUAAUUGCCAUCACCGUUGAAGAGGAGGAGGAUAUUGCAAAGUUCAAGGACUAUAGUCCUUCAACAUCAGAUUCUGGUGCUCCUGCAGCAAAGGAGCCAGCAGCUCCUCCGCCUAAGCAGGAGCCUGUUCAACAACCAGUUAGUUCACCAGAGGCUAAGUCCAAGCCCAGUUCACCUCCUUCGGAAGAUCGUCUUUUUGCAAGUCCUCUUGCAAGAAAAAUGGCUGAAGAUCACAAGGUACCUCUCUCUAGUAUCAAAGGAACAGGUCCUGAUGGGCGCAUUGUGAAGGCUGAUAUUGAAGAUUACUUAGCUUCACGUGGGAAGGAUGUUUCAGCACCAACACCUAAGACAAAGGAUGGAAAACUUGAAGCUCUAGAUUAUGUAGAUAUCCCUCAUUCUCAGAUAAGAAAGGUCACUGCAUCACGCUUAUUAAUCUCAAAGCAGACUAUCCCACAUUACUAUUUAACAGUGGAUACAUGCGUUGACAAACUUCUGGAUUUACGAAGCCAACUCAACUCAUUACUGGAAGCUUCAGGCGGGAAGCGUAUUUCUGUCAAUGAUCUUGUAAUCAAGGCUGCUGCAUUGGCUCUCCGGAAGGUUCCUCAGUGCAAUAGUUCAUGGACAGAUGACUAUAUUCGCCAGUAUAACAAUGUCAAUAUUAAUGUAGCAGUGCAGACAGAAAAUGGACUUUAUGUCCCUGUGAUCAGGAAUGCAGAUAAGAAAGGAUUGUCCUCAAUUUCUUCAGAGGUCAAGCAGUUGGCACAAAAAGCCAAAGAAAAUAGCCCAAAACCCGAAGAUUAUGAGGGCGGUACGUUUACAGUUUCUAACUUGGGAGGGCCCUUUGGUAUCAAGCAAUUUUGUGCCAUAAUUAAUCCUCCUCAAUCAGGAAUCCUCGCUGUCGGGUCUGCUGAGAAAAGGGUUAUCCCUAGCUCCGGUCCCGAGCAGUUCCAGUUUGCAUCAUUCAUGUCCGUAACUCUAAGCUGUGAUCAUCGUGUCAUCGACGGUGCAAUUGGUGCUGAAUGGCUUAAAGCUUUCAAAGGCUACAUUGAGAAUCCGGAAUCAAUGUUGCUCUAAAUCAACCGGUGAUUGUUGCUUUUCUUUUUGGUUUUAGACAUAUUUCCCUGCUACGAUUAUUUUCACAUUGGGGCAUUGAGUGCAUUACACAUAUUCCGACUCGAUUUUUGUCACACCGAAUUAAUAUUUUUCGGGAAUAAGGAAGAAGGAUCGAUAGACAAUCGAGGAACUGGAAUUCACCUCACAUAGAAUGUAAUAACCCCCAUUUCACAUAGGUCCCUUGUACUGUGAAUAAAACUUGGAAUGAUUUUUCGGGUAUAGGCAAUUGCCAAACCCAUCACAUUUCUAUUGCUUUUUCUUAACUAUAAUCAGAAUGCUUCCACUUUGUUA